GAGCAGACACACGACAUAACGGAAGUACGAUAUCACACUUGCCGGGUUCACGGACACCGUGGAUGCUAUUAUCCAUGUUUAUGAGUCAGGAGCACGUGCGUCGCCUUUCAGAGGAAACUCGUGUAGCGGCCCAUUAUCAUUUUCCCCAUAACAAUUUCUUAGUUUUCCGGUUGUUCGUGUGAGUGUCUCGCGGUGUUGGUCGAAAACAUUUAUUUUAUGCGCGUUUAGAACGCUCACUCCGGCUUGAGAACUGCCACUGAUGCCUUAUUGCUUUGAAACAGUAACUGACACAGGUGUAACGAGGGAUGAACGGGGUUAAAAUAGACAGAGAGCGGAGUCUAGCAGAAACGUGCUUUCAGUCAGUUCUGCCUAAAAAGAAAUCCCGGGUAGAAAGUGGGCGGAAACUCGCCAUAUUUGGUCAUAUACGUCACUUUCGAUCGACCCUCUUCCAGUAACUUCAAAUGACUGCACCAUUGCAUUACAUUUGUAGGGGAGCACUGGUGUGCUUGUGUCGGUCAAUAAUUUAAAAAUAUCAUAGACAUUUCUUCACACUGUCUAAUACAGUUAAAACGUAAUGUUUACAAAUAGUAUUUUGUCUCUAUUUUACAGGUUUUGUGGAAUAGCAAGGACAUUUGUGGUUUACGUUUUCUUAACUUCCCCCAUUGUGUGUUUGACGUUGAUCUCGACUCACUCAAAAAGGGGUUUCCUCACUUUGAAUGUGUCAGACUGGGAUAGUAACUUUACUCUGUAAGUUAAAAACAAAAUCGAAUUACAAAACUUUUCUUCCGACGACAUUAUAUUGAUUUAUACCUUGUUCUGCUGGAUUAUCUUCUGAGUCACGACUGUCAACCAAACGUUUUUGGACUUUGGUUGGUCAAAAUAUGUACCGGAAUUUCGGAAACUUCAAUCGGGGCACGGACCAGUCCUCAGGAACAGGUUCACCUAGAACUACGGCAGCGAACUCCAGAACAGCGGAUCCUGACAAUACAACCACACAACCUCAACAGACUCCCCCUCCUUCCAACCCCUCUUCCUCCCUGUCUCACUCCCUCCCUCCCCACCAUCCCUCUCUCCUCCACCACCAGCAGAAGUUUUCGUUGGGCGGUCCAGCCAACUUUGUCCCCAGUCUCAAUGCCAUCACCUCCAGCCAGGACCUGCAGUGGCUCGUCCAGCCCUCUCUCUGGCCACAACCUGGCCCCUCUCUCCCACCCCCGCCCCCACCCCUGCCCCCGUACCCCCCCCAGCCGGCCCUGCGCUGCUCCCCACCCCCCCCGCUGCACCACCCCGCCCUGGCGUCCAGGGCCUCCAUGGCAACCUUGGGCUCGACGAGAAGACGCCCGGACGAGCAGUUUACCCCGGAGGAGCUGGAGAGGAGAAGGAUCCGGAGAGAAAGAAACAAACUUGCCGCGGCCAAGUGUCGGAAUCGCCGCCGGGAGCUAACGGACACCCUGCAGAACGAGACGGAUCGUUUGGAGAGCGAUAAGGCGGAGCUGCAGAAGGAGAUCGCUGGGCUGGAGAAAGAGAAGGAGAAGCUGGAGCUGGUUCUGGAGGCCCACCAGCCCAUCUGCAAGAUCCAGAGCUCUGACUCCGACUCGGACCAUAGCACCAGGGGACGCGCUGCUGGGGGCCGGGUCAAAACCGAACCCGAGGACCCCCCCGUGGCCGGCCCGUCCCGCCACCGCAGGCCGAGGAUCACCCUCCCAGCCCCCGUCACCGACUCCUCCACCCCCCCCUCGCCCUCCGAACCCGAGUCCCUGCACACCCCCACCUUCAUCUCCACCCCCUCCCUCACCCCCUUCACCGCCAGCCUGGUGUUCACCUACCCCCCCGCCGCCCCCCUGGAGCCGGGGGUCCCGGCUGCGGCUCACCGCCUCAGCCCGCCCCCCCCCUCCUCCGGCCCGCUUGGUACGGCCCACUCCUCUCAGAAGCCCCAGCCUUGCGGAGCGGCCCAUCGCCGUAGCAGCAGCAGCGGCGACCAAUCGUCCGAUCACUCCCUCAACUCCCCCACCCUCAUCACCCUCUGAUUGGCUGCCUGCUCAGCACAGGGUUGAGGGAGGAGGUUUUUGGGGUUUGUUUU